AAUCGUCAGUUUCGCUCGAGUCGCAAUCCGAAUCGGACGCGUGUGGACCGUUUGACCCAAAUGCCGUGCCGAGAGUCGCGUUGUUCGUGUGCGGGAAAAUUCCCAACUCCCAGCGAUCGACAGGAAAAAGCGUGUUAAAGAUUUUGGGAAACAAGGCCCACCCUAGGGCCAGAGUGAGCCCAGUUCCAGGUGCGAGUGAGGAAGAAACAGUGGAAGAAAAAUUGAGCAGAAGCAAGUGAAAAAAUCGAAAUCAAAAUUUAUGAAAAUGUGCCUUGCAUGAAGGAAAAUCGCGUAUCUGUCGUACACGAAAGAACCGAUAUCGCGAUGACGCGCUGCUAUGGUAAUCAGCGUACGUGAGUCUUAAUUAGCGUCGAGUUCGGAGUCCGGAGUUCCAUCGACCUGAGUUCUGCCCAUUUGCCGUUGAAAUUCGCCGUUGAAGUGAAACCGGAGGAUUUGAUUAUACCUUUGGCUUUUGUGAGUUCCGAUGUGCAGUGCAGUCAGUGUGGUGCAGUGAGCACCCGAAGUAGUGGGGAGGAAGAAAAGGCUUCGCUACCGUAGAGACGCCGAUAUAUAGAUAAACCUGACGAAGAAAGUGAGUUUGAACCGAGCGUUCGAAGAAGCAUCCAUUCCAGGACGUGACAGUGUCGUGUUGUAUGAAGAACCGUGAAGAGCCUCCGGAGAGUGGGUUAUGAAGGUGGCACCAGAGGCGGAUGCAAAAUUUAAUUUAAUGCUGAACAAAGCUGAGCAGCAAUACCUGGGAGGGGAGGGCGAUGGAAGAACCAGUCGCUGUGGCUGUGCUAGAAGUAGGAGCAGCAGUACAAGCAACAGUAGUACUACACUCGGAAGCCAACGAUGCAGACGAACAACAACGAUGAGGAGCUUCAUUGGAAUGCUAUUGGGAUUACUUACAAUAUCAGGAUCCCUGGCCCUUCGGCUCAAAACGGUUCACAUCCCACCAUACAAACACCGCGGCGAAUCGGCCUUGCUCCAGUGUCAGUACGAACUGAAAGGCCAGCAGUCCCACAAUGGCCACAGCCAUCACUCGACCAGCCAGGUGCAACGAGGUCGACCCUGGAACGAUUCCGCUGGUAGUUUCCGGCAUCACGUCUAUCAUGACCACGACUACUACAGCGAUUCGGAAAGCGGCGACGAACGGCUCUACUCCAUCCAGUGGUACAAAGACAACGAAGAGUUCUACCGGUACGUCCCGUCGGCGAGUCAACCCAUCAAAAGCUACAAAAUCGAAGGCAUCCGGGUGGACCCGAACCACUCGGACGGCACCAAGGUGAUGCUGAAGAGCCUCACGCUUAAAUCCUCCGGGGUGUAUCGGUGUGAGGUUUCCGCCGAGGCGCCCAAUUUUGACUCGGUCCAGGGCGAGGGCCGAAUGGAUGUGAUAUAUCUUCCCAGAGACGGUCCACACAUCAACGGGAGUGAGAAAAAAUCCUACCACAUUGGUGAAACGAUGGAACUAAACUGUACCUCCGGUCGAUCCUACCCAGCGUCCACCCUACAGUGGUAUCUGAACGACAAAUUGGUGCUUGAUCCUCGAUAUAUAGUCCACUAUCCACGGAUGGUCAAUCAGCAUGGGUUGCUGACGAGCUUUUUGGGGCUCAGCAUGGUUGUACAGCCACAUCACUACAUCGACGGCUCUAUGAAGCUGAAAUGUGUGGCAAAUUUGUCACCGGUGCUGUGGCGGAAUGGGCAGGAGAGCAUCAUGCAGUGGGAGCAGCCUCCGCUCGACAAUCGGGUUGCGAUGUUGUUAGUACGAAGCAGCAGUCCACGAUGGUCGGUCAGCAUGGCGUUGCUUCUGUGGUCCACCCUCUUGGCCAUCGUCAGUUCCUUCCGGUUGCAUCCCUAGCUGCGAGGACCCAUUCCCGAUUGCCAUUCGUUCUGCUGUCACCAUCCAAAGCUCCCGGCAGUCAGAGAUGCCAUUCAACGAAACCGACCAUCCACGUCUUUGUGUGCCAGUUUUGAGUGGUUCCUUCGAGGGGAUCUCUGACGUCUCCGGGAGGAGUGCAGUUUGCAGAAUUAAAGCAAAACUUAUGAGAAACUUCCUCCGGACCGGACCAGACCUCUCGACUGGCCAUCCAACACUGAACCCCGAUUACGACCAACCGACCGACAGCUUCGAAGAUUGCAUCUGAGCAGAAAUGAAGACAGCAACUCCCGAGAAAAGGAAGACAAAACUAUAUCAAAAGUAGCGAGCUAAGUUUAGCGUGAAUCGAGAAAAGGACACACUCGAGAGAAAAGUAUAAAUAUUAUAUUUACGAGCGGGGGGAGGGUAAGAGAAGGGGAGACUCAACGAAGUAGAACCAGGACAGCGUGAUUUACUUGAUAGCGUUUAUGGCCCAGUCCGAGAACUGACAGCGAAAGAAAAUAGCUUUUUCUGAGUUUAGUUUUCCUAUUAAGUUUUUGUUUCGUUUCAAUUUCUUGUACAGUAGGUAAGGUAAACGUAGGAGAAGCAGAGAAUUAAAGGGAAUCACCAUCACCAACCAGCCAGCCAUCCAGUGCACUGUACAUAGAAGUGACGACGAGUGGGGAGCCACUGUCGAGCACUGUAAUAUUGUGGAUGGCAAAAGAAAUGCUGAGGGGAGAAAUCGAGAAUCGUGCAAGAUCAACACAGAGUGAUUGUAAAUUCUUUAAUUUUGUACAUAAAAGUUAGCUGGGAAUAAUUAUUAGAAUAAAAUUUCCGCUUGAACCCAUAA